UGAAAACAAAAGACAACCCUGUCCGGCCUGCAUUGGUUAUGUCGGCUUUGCAGAUCUUCAAAACACGACGUCCAGUUUGUUUUGCAGGAGACUCUCAGGUAAAUUCGUUCCGACGAGCCGACAAAGCGGAUAAGAGUUCGCCCGUGAGCGGAGCCCGAGGGGACCGCGGACGUUAUGACCGUCAAGUGCUCCAUCCCAAGUUGCCCGAAUAAGCCUUAUCUAAAGAGCGAAAGCCAGCUCGCACUCGAACAAACUACGAAAAUCACAUUUCACAGAUUUCCAAAGGAUCCAGAAAGACACCAAGCGUGGGUGGAUGUGAUUGGAAACGACCAGGAAAUCAACUCCAGAAGUGUCGUAUGUUCUCUUCAUUUUCAGGAGAACGAAAUUGACAGGACAUCAAGCUGGUGCACCAAAUUGAAAGAGGGUGCAGUUCCUUGUCUUUUCAUCAAUGAAUCAUACAUUAUUGGUCUGUUUCAGGUUGAAAGGGCAAAAAUGAAGCAACCGAGACAGUGCGUUAUCAAAAACUGUCCCAAUUCAAAAGCAAAUAAAGCUGCAUUGGCAAAAAUCAAAUUUUACCGGUUUCCGACAGAUGGGAAGCUCAUGAAGAAGUGGAAAGAACGGAGUGGGCUGAAAGACAACCAAUUGGUCAAAUCGGCUAGAAUAUGUUCUAAUCAUUUUAAGGAAAAAGAUUUUGACAGGAUCAUAAUACCAGGAAAGAAGAUAUUGAAGGAAAAUGCCAUUCCUUCAAUUAAUCUAAAUAUCCAGCCUUCAUCUCCAACCAGAAAAGUUAAAAAGGCGAAUUGGAAAUCUGAAAAUGGCAACACAUCUCAAGGUGAAAUCAGUUCUGAUCAACUUAAAGAUGACACAGACACUUAUUCAGAUGAUGAAGGAAAAAACGGUAUCGCUCCUUUGGAUAUAUUUUCUGAUGAUCAAAGUGAAGAUGUCAAACCAGAAGUGAAUGACAUCGACUUGACCAAAGAAGUCGAAACAGUGAAGUCAGAACCUUUGGAAAGACAUUCCAUAGCCGACAGCAUAUAUGAAAAACUCAUGCGCUGUGAAAACAAGGAGGUGAUGACAAAAAAGAAAAUAGAAGAAAUUGUGGAUUUUCUAUUCCAGAAAUAUUGUGAUAGAUUAAAAAUAACAGAUUUGAAUGAUAUUAGGCUUAAGAUUGAGGAAGAUUUAAAAAUUAUAACUACAAACAAUGGCAUCCACAUUGAACUGCAAGAGAUUUCAAAUGAGAGUAAAGAAAUCUCUGAUGAUCUCACAAAAGAAGACAAAAAUGUUAAAGAAGUAAAUGGAAAUGAAAUUAAUGAUGAAACAUUGUCUCAAGAAGAAAAUAAAGCAAUAAAACAAGUGGCAGAGAUCAAGCAAGAGUGGAACGCUGAAAAACAAGAAUCAAAUAAUGAAGAAUUAAAAAUCAAAACUGGCAAUGAUCAUACAACAAUGAUUUCAAUGAACUUAGAAAACAAAGGAGAAAAUGUCCAUUCACCAGGAACAGUACAAAUAAAGCCACAAGGAAAAGUAAACGUUGUCUCUCUUAGGGUUGUUAGAAAAAAUGAUGAAUCCAUUAUACCAAUAAAAAGGAGUCUUUCCCUUGAUGAGCCAUUAAUAAAAAAGCAGAGGCUCACCGAUACCAUUAAACCUGUAAUAAAAUCGCCUGCAACUCGAGAUCCAUUCGAGAGAAAGAAAGUGUGUAAUGGGACUAAAAUGAACCCUGAAAACAACAUUCUUGCAAAAGCAAUGAGAGAAGACAACAGUUUGAAAUCAAAUGGGCUAGUCAAAUCUACACCAAAACCUGCUACUCAGUCUCAGCAACAGCCUAAUGUGGCACAACAGUCGUCAGGACAAUCUGUGUCUCACUCUGACAAACCUCAAAUAUCUUCUGAACCAAUUAUAUCUCUUUCAACCCAACUUCAACCUCAAAAACAAUCAUGUCACUCGCAAACUGUCACGCUUCACUCUACACCUCAGCCUAACGAUUUAUUUGUUCCAAAAGAAAAAUAUGAUGCUCUUUUGAAGAAACAUGAAAAACUCAUGAUUGAAAAGCGCAACUCAGAGAUGUUCAAUUCACAAAUAAUUGAGUCGAUGAAGAGGACUAUGGAGAAGAAAGAAAAAGAAUACGAGUAUAUUCGAGCUUCUAGGGACGAUCUGGAGAUUGAAUUAAGACGUGUUGAAGCAGGAUUGCAAAAAAUGCUAACACCGAACCAGAUAAAGCUUCUCUUCGGUGAUGAACAUGUUUCUUGGACUACCAAGGAGUUGCUAAUGGCGUUUGCAAUAAGGUUUCAGAGUAGGAAAUGUUAUCACUUCUUACGUCACAAAUUGAACUAUCCUCUUCCAGGGAUUUCGACCGUGCAAAACUGGGUCAGUUCUAUUUCAAAAGACCAGUGUAGGCGAUUGAUAAACACUGUGGAAAAUUCUGUACAAAGCAAUGAGGACGCCGUCGAAGAAGCGAACUUUGAUAUCACCGUCAAGGAAGCCACAGAUGAAACUCCAGAGGUUCCAAGGACGGAAAGUAUCCUGUACCAACAACACAAACAAAAAGACCCUGACAUAAUUGUUUUAAAUUCGAUGCAGAAUUACAGUACAGACAGGUUCACCAAUAUACUAGAAGGAGUUCAAGAGAGAAAGGAAAAUAAAGAAUACAUGAGAAUAGUACAAGAGGUGAUAGGAGACGAACCCCAGGAGGUCAACUAUACUUCAAACGUAGUGUUAGUUGAUGAAGGACAAGCCAGCAACGUUUAUAACGAGAAUAAAAGUGGCCAUUAUUACAUCACGCUCCCUGACCAGUCAAAAACCUACAACUGUGUCGAACAAGGAGAGUAUCAACAAUCUGACAAUUUUAUUAAAGGUAUAAUCGGACAGCCGUUCGAUGGGAAAAAUGCCAUCGCUGUACCUAAUUAUACCAUCAAUGAAACUUAUUCCUCUGAUCAAACGGAAAUGGAUUAUCAGAUCGAUGCCAAGCCGCCAAUUUUUACAGGAAAUAAUGACGAACAACCACAUUGCUAAUGUGAAAUUUAUUGUUUUGACUUUACUGUUUGUUUUUUCUCUCAUUUUAUUUGAUCAGUGAUAUAAUUUAAACAUUUGGAAGUUCUUAAAAUAAGUUCUUUUCAUAAAUUGUAAUUAAAUUGGUUACAUUUAAGUCUCUUAAAAUAUUAAUUAUUUUGUUUAAUUCGCAAUGUUAAGGUAUAGUUUGUUAAGUUCUUUUUGUAUACUUUUGCAAGUUUUGAAGAUAAUUAUUCGUGAAAUAGAUGUAUAUAAUGUACAAUUUUUGUAAUUAAGGAACUUCUCUUUUUUUAAAAGCUAUGUAAAUAAUAACGUAUAAAUUGAAAAAGCCAUUUGUUUGCAUACUGUGCAUGUUUUUCAUGCAGGCAAAAAUUUAUGAAAGUUACCACCGUUUAUUUCAAAGCAAUCAGUACAUGAUGAGAAGGAUGGAUGUAAAGAAAUAAUUGUAAGUUUACUUUUAGCAUUGUUUCACUUCUACUUUAGUCGAUUGUUACACUGACAUGAAUGCAUUGUUAGUGUAAGUCGUAUAUAUAUUUUUAUUUUAUUUUUUUAUAGAUAGAUUCCUUAAAAUGAGAUUGUUGAUGUGAAAUCCCAGUUACAUCAUUUACAAAUUGUGACUCGGUGUCUGGGGAUUGUACAUUUAAACCCUUAUUUUAAUUAAAAAUGUAUUUUUGUAGUAA